AUGCCAUCAACCACAAACACAACCACAACCACAACCCCGGGAAACCCGGGCCCCCCACCAGCCCCAACAACUGAUCCUGCUACUGCUGCAGCAACAAGUGCUACAACAACAACACCAACAACCCUCCUCUGGGCCUAUGAACUCCGCCGCGAGAACAUCGAGCUCGCCGCCCGCCUCGCCGCCGCGGAGGCCACUAUCGCUGCCUUGCAGUACCAGCUGAAGGAUGUGCGGGAGGAGUUGCAGGUCCAGGUCCAGAAAGUCUGUGCUCUGAAGGAGAGGGAGUGGGAGGAGAUGGAAAGGCGGGUGCAGGGGGUGGAGGAUUCGGUGAGGGGCGAGGUUGCAGUGCUGGCGGGGUUGGUGGAGGGGGUGCAGGGUAGGGUUGCGGGGUUGAUGGCGAGAAGAGAGGGGGGUCUGGGUGGGGAGGUAGGGCGGGAGGAUGAUGGUUAUGGGGAGGAGGAGGUGCUGGUGCCGGAUUCGAUGUCUGCUGGGGCUGCUGGGGCUGGUGGUGGUGGUGGUUUGGGGUAUAUGGAUGGGGUUGGUGUGAGCGGGGGGUUGCGGUUGGGGAUGGGGAGAGGGGGUGGGUUGUCUUCGACGGUUGAGGGGGAGAGUGAGAGUACUUCGUGGGAGAGUGGGAGUUUGGAUUGUGGUGGUGCUGGUGAUGGUGCUGGUGGUCGUGGUGAUGGCUCUGUGGUGAUGGCUGCUGGGAUGGCUUCACGGAUGAGGGGGGAGGUUUGUAAGGUUGCUUCUGCUGCUGCUGCUGCUUUGCAGAAUGAUGCAGACGGGGCUUUUGGUGGUGGUUCCGGACGCAAGAUCAAUAGUCAAAGUGUCAGGGACUGGGUUGAGGUGUUGGAGAAUCGGGGGAUCGUGCGCAAGAGGAAGAGGGCGAGGCGGUUCAUACCGAUUGUUCCGGCUGAUGAGGAGGAUGUUCUCAUUGCGAGGGCGAUGAUGGUUGGUCAUUGA